AUGGCACCACGCCCCCCCCUUUGGCGCUGCUUCUUCAUUCACUUGAGGCAGCAACUGGGGGCCCCCCACUCUUCCUUUUGCUUCAGCAGCAAACCACUUUUCCAGUACCCUGGGGGGCCCCCCGGGGGCCCCCCAGGGGCCCCCCUUAGUGGGGCCCCCGGGGGCCCCCUGCCGAGAAUGGGCCCCCUGAGGCUUGAGGGCUCUCCCUGCGCCUUUGGCAGCAGCAGCAGCAACAGCAACAGCAGCAGCAGCAGCAGCAGCAGCAGCAGCAGCAGCAGCGGGCGGACCAGUGGUGCGCUCCUUUGCCCUCCAGCAGCAGCACUGGCAGCAGCAGCAGCAGCAGGGGUGGGCCCAGCAGCAACGAGAACGGUGCUGGCCCGAACCACAGCAGCAGCAGCAGCAACUGCAGCAGCAGCAACAGCAGCAGCAGCAGCAGCAGCAGCAGCAGGCGGCAGCAAGCGGCUGUUCAGCACCCGCAGCAUCAGCGGCCGCCUCUUCUACAAACGAAGGCCUCUGCAGGUCCCUCGCCUCAAACCCCCAAAUAUAAGAAGGUAA